GAGGGCACAGCCGUAAAUCCCCGCCUCCACGGGCGCCGCCUCACUCGCUCGGGCGGUCGGUCGGGUGCACGGAACCCCAGGAAAUAUCGCUGAGGCUUUUUGCGCUUUUGAAUUCCGCAGCCACCGCCGCGCCGCCCUCCGACGACGGCGAAUGGCCACCGGCGGCGAGGAGAAGCGGGCGGCGCUGCUGCGGCAGAUAACGGAGGAGGGCGGGUUCGCGUUCGUGGCCUCCGCGGAGAAGGCGGCGGCCGGGGACGUCCGCGCGGCCGAGGCGGCGCGGGAGAUGGCGUGGGAGCAGCUGCACUCGGCGCCGCGGGACGAGGUGGGCGCCGCGUGGCGGGACGCCUACGCGCUCGCCUGCCUCCACGUGGCCGCCCUCCGCGCGGCCGGUGGGAACGGCGGCGACCUUCGCGCCGCGCUCCGGGCGCUCGACAUGGGCCUCAUCAUGGGCGGGGGGCUCCUCCGCGCGGAGCUCGAGGACGCCAUCGCCAGGGUCGUCGCCGACCGCAGCGGCGGCGAGGCGGAGGCGGUGACCGGUGGGAAUGUGGAGAGGUGGAAGGAAGGGAUCGCGGGGGACCGAGACCCUGCCGAUGUACUCAAACUUCUACCAGUGAAGGCCCUAUCUUGUAAGCAAAUUGAGAGGCGGUCAUGCAUUUCUUUGGAGGCAUUUAUACGUGAUUACUUUAUAUGUGAGUCCCCUGUUAUACUCAGUGGCUGCAUUGAUCAUUGGCCCGCAAGGACAAAGUGGAAGGACAUAAACUACCUAGAGAGGAUAGCUGGAGAUCGGACUAUUCCUGUUGAGGUUGGGAAAAAUCAUGCAUGUACUGAGUGGAAACAGGAGCUUAUCACAUUUUCUCAAUUUCUUGAGAGGAUGUGGUCAAGUGAUUCUGCAAACCUGGCAUAUGUAGCACGGCAUCCAUUGUUUGACCAGAUAAAGGAGCUCCGUGAAGACAUUACAGUUCCUGAGUACUGUUGUGCUGGCGGCGGCGAACUACAGUCACCUAACGCUUGGUUCAGCCCUCAUGGGACCGUGACCCCACUGCAUCAUGACCCACAUCACAACCUUUUUGCUCAGGUUUUGGGUAGGAAGUAUUUCAGACUCUAUCCUGCUUCUGUAUCUGUGGACCUGUACCCUCACACAGAGGCAAAGCUAAGCAAUACUAGUCAGGUAGAUCUUGACAGCAUUGAUGAAAAGGAGUUCCCGAAGACAGCAGAUCUUGAAUUCGUAGAUGGAAUAUUGGAGGAAGGGGACCUGCUUUACAUUCCACCGAAAUGGUGGCAUUACAUGAGCUAUGGAGCAGAUCAUUUGUUUUACUUGGCUGUGGAUUUAGCUUUUGUAAUUAUCGAUGAUAAAGCACUAACUGCUAACCAUACUGUCCAUAUUAAGUACUCGAAACAUUUUUUAGAGGAAUCAGUGACAAUCAUUUGGUUUUGGAUGCCAUGUAUGUUCAUAUGGGACUCUCAGAAACAUCUAAGAGGGAGACGGGGAAUGCUUCACAUACAAGUGUGCAGCCCCUCUAAUAUAGUUUUCUUUUUGCAACCAAGUACUUUGAAACCUUUGAUUCGUAAAUGAUCAACCACAAGUGAUCUGAACCA